AGGGAGCUUCUGUCACCCCUGCAUCACAUGAUAUAGUUUUAAAUGAAAUAUUAAUCUUUAAUUCCUGUGAGCUCCAGGACAAUCCUGGAGGGUUGGCAACCACAUAUUUGAUGUUUGGAACAGAGAUAGUAAGCCAUCACAGAUGCACAAAAUAUUGCAGGUUGCAUUUACAAGGCACAGACAACUGCAGACUAAAAUAUAAUACACCUUAAUGAAGGAGGAAAGCAAUCAAUAGUACAUGCACGUGGCAACAGCAUACUGAGGAGCCCAACAAAAAUCAUGAUAAAGAAAUUAGGUACAUAAAAAUGUAUUUGAAAAGUCUGUUUUAUUGACAGGACUUACAGUAUUUGCACAUAUUUGUCUUUGGAACUAAACAUUACGCUGGCAGUUACAUCAAAUAGGGAACCCUUUCCCUCUGCCCCCCUGAGUUUUUCUGUUUCCCCUAUACCCUCACAAAUUGCCAAUCUUUCUUUCUCUCUCACUCACACACACACACACACACAUUUUGUUUCUAUUUCCCUUACACGCACAAAAAUUGCCCAUCAUCCUCCCUGGCUAGGGACUUUUUCAAGUACACAGUUGCUUUUAAUGUUUAAUUAGGUAUGAUAACAGGAUAAAAUGUUCCUGGCACUGUUCGGUGCCCACAGCUCAGGCUUGCAACGUUUUCCACUGAUUGCAGGCAACUAAACAUCUAGCACAAUAGUGGCAACAUCCACAUAGCUAUUGUUAGGGCUACGUCAGCACUUCCAUGAUAAACACAAGCUAUUUUCAGGGGCUUAUAACUUAGUUGCAAAAAUGUACUCUAGGCUCCACCUUUGUAUCCAAGGUUUCAGGCCAGUAACAAUUUCUAGCAUGCUUUUAGACUUUAUUAUCCACCAUUUUUUAAGUCACAAAAAUCUAAAUGGCAAGUAGUGCUAUGCUUCUUACUGGAUCAUCACAUAAAAUAGGGUAGAAACUUCUUCUGCAUAGGCAUAGAACCAAAAUAAAUAGAUUUUUUUUUAAAACUCAUGUUGAUUCAGAAAUUGUUUUGGGCCAUAAUACUGUAUAUACAUCAUAUAUAUUAAAAUUUUUACAGUCUCAAUACAUAUCUGAGAAUAAGUUAUUUGUUUUCAUCCUAAAGGCCCUGAUCCUGCAAUUGGAUUCCCCUGGGCAAACCCCUGUACAGUUCCACACAGCUGCAGGUUGUCAGUCUGCAAUGAUGCAAUUGCAGAAUUGGCAUGUAAUCUUGGGACUGAUCCUAUAAUUCUUAGCACCUGAGGAACCCAAUUAAAUUCAAGUUAUUUGAUUUUAGGCCUUAUUGAGAGUUCUACCAGUUCUAUGUUCAAACACAUAGUGGCAAAAAUGCCACUACAGGACCUGUCCCCCCAUUGCUAACACCUGAGCAACUGCACUGGUGCUGGGGCAACCAGGGAAGACUUACCUAAAACACUCAAUUGUAGACAAGGCCUAAAAUACUUUAAUUCAGUGGGCCUCCUGCUAUGAAUAAAAAUUACAGGACUGCUUCUUUUGUUUAGACUAUGACAUCCACAUCAACAAACAAGCAAUCCCUCUGAACACCCUAUUAAAUACAGAUUUGCACAAUCAAAAGCAGUGCCUCGGAAGCAGCGGUUGCAAACAAUUCAGAUCUAUUGAUUUGAACAAAAAUAUAUACACUUUUUUGCUCACAAAUUGUAUUUUUAAAAAAAUGGGAAUGAUUCAGUUUUUAUGUUUAGCUUUUUCAAAAAUGAUUGAAUGAGUUUGUCUUAAACUGCCCCAGAAAUACUCAUAUUAGAGCUGAAACCAACGAUAGAAAGUUCCAGGCAGAAAGAAGAGCUCUGAGGAAGUACUGAAGGAGUGAAAAGAAGGGUUUAUAUAUAAAGUCUCUAAUUCAAACUCUCUAAUGGAAUUCCCCAGUAGACAAGAAUGGCUCCCUCAAAGCUACUGGGGUUUUGUGGUGUGUUUUUUUUAUUUUAAAUGAGCAGUUCAUAUUUAAUUACUUACUUACAAUUUUCUGCUUUGCUGGUGCAUCCAUCUCAGAAGAGACUUUAUAAAAUUAAAAAUAAAGGAAAACAUAUUUAUUCAAAAAGAAUCAUUACUUUUUCUUCUCUGUUUCAGUAUGUAGACCAAUAACAUGCAUUUAAUAUAAUCUUGCACAAAACUUUUUUUUUUUUUAAAGAAAAUAGAACAAAUCCCCAAGAACUUUAAUAAUAAUAAUAAUAAUAAUUGCUCAGUGUGUGGCACAAACAGACAAAACCCAGUAAAUCCAGAGGGAACGCUGGCCCUCCACUUCCUAAACUCACCCACUUGGUUGUGCGGGGAGAGAUGGAGCAAAUGCACUGUGUGAAUUCAGGACAAGCAUGUCAGCCUUAGCUUUGAAUUUCCUGGCUCUGUUUAGCGAGCUCGAUUUUAUUUAACUCUGGGGAGGAGAUUACAUUUAUAUCCUGCAACCCCCAGCUUCAGGAGAACAGUUUGAACUCCCCUCAAGGUGCGAAGCACAGGGCUCCCACCUCCUCCAGUCUUGAGCUUCAGUGCUCCCCCUCCCCUGGGCUGUGAAAGUGGAGAAGAGGAGCAGGAACAGGAACAAUGUCACACGAAGGGAAUGCUAACUACACUGCAACCUCGCCGCUUCCAGGCAGCUCCUCCAGCCUCAGCCUCUCUUUCUCUCUGGCUGACUUGGUUAAAAUCAUUGUUUGGCUCCAGCAUUAACUACAUUCCAGAGGGACGCAGCGCCCAGUCUCCUUCCUCGCAUUCCUGCCCCACACAAAGGAGUCCCUCCCUCGCCUGGCCUCUGUGCAUCUCUUCCAGCGCCACAAAGACCCUGGGAGCCGGGAGCUGCACUUGCCCCCAGGCUCGGAGUUUGUCCCCGGCGCUUGGUCUAGGUGCAGCUCGGCUGGGAAAGGGGGAGAAGGCAGGCAGCCCCCGAGUGCAAAUUCCUCCGCGCAGCGCGCCAUUGACUGGCCCGAGCAACUUAUUUAAGGCUGGAAAUUGACACACGGGGGCUUUUUCUUCUCGCCUCGCCUCGUUCUGCGCGGGGCGCGGGCCGGCCGACGGGCUUUGGAGCCGCGAUGCCUUCCAGGUGAGCUGGGGCGCGGAGCGGCUGUGUCGCCUGCCGGCAGAUCUGCGGGGCCGGGGGAGCAGCCGGGGCAGAAAAGCGCCUUGCCCUGCCGCAGACUUCCCCGCCGGCGGCUUUCGUGGGGUGUCCCCCGCACCCCCACCCGCUCGGGGCCGGCGGAGCAUGGAGAGGUACGAGGCGGACUUUGCCCGGGCCAGCAAGUUCAUGGACGAUCUGUCCCUCUACGAGGCGGGCCAGGAGGGGCUGACCGGCGGCCGGGGCUGCAGCAGCAGGAGGGAGCUGCUGGAAGACGCCCAGCGGGCCAUCGCAGCCCACAUGACGGCGGACCCGAGAGGCAAGAACCUGAAUGGCACCGUGGCCCCCCCGGGGGACGCCUCCGGCAAAGUGUUGCAGGCGGCGGCCGCCCCCCCGUUCCGCUCGCUGAACGGCGGCAGCCGCGGGGGCGGCCAGGAGCCGGGCUGCUGCGAGGACGGGCUCUGCACCCGCUCCGAGGUGGCGCUGCCCUGCUACGGCGGCUUCGCGGACAAGAGCAGGCGCUAUUCCUCCGAGAGCGCCCGGCACAGCGCCGGCAGCGCCUACGAGGGCGUCUACGUGCCCAAGCCGGGCGGCAGAGCCCACGCCGGGCCAGAGGGCAAAUACAACGCGGCCAGCCCCAGGGCCAGCCUGGCCGCCUCCUGCCAGGAGCAGCUCAGCCGCUUCUCCAGCCCCAGGUCCAGCCUGAGCAGCAGCGGCGCCCCGGGCUACGAGAAGUUCUCCAGCCCCCGGGCCAGCCUGGUGGUGCCCGGGCAGGAGAAAUACACCAGCCCCCGGGGCAGCCUGGUGCAGUACGAAGGCAGCGCGCUGAGCCCCAGGUCGAGCUACGCCAGCACGGCCAGUGAUACCAGCAAACACUCCAGCCCCCGGGCCAGCCUGAACAGCUACGACUGCGGGAGCAAGCCCAGCAGCAACCGCACCAGCGGCAUCAGCAUGGGCUACGACCAGCGGCACAUCAGCCCCCGGUCCAGCACCGCCAGCCAGUACUCCUGCACCACCAGCCCCCGCUCCAGCUACUCGGACUCCCGCUACGGCCCGUCCGCGAAUCCCGAGCUGGACGGGGCUGGCGGGCCUGGGCUGUCCCUGCUCAGCCCCCGGUCCAGCCUUUGCAGCCAGGACGGUCGGACAGGGGCGGUGGGGAACUGCAACCCGUCCGUGAUCAGCCCCAGGUCUAGCAUCUCCAGCCAUAGCUCCAGAAGCUCCAGAGGCUCCAUGAGCGCUUACCCGGAGCUCCAGCUGCCUUCGCCCCGCUCUUCCAUGCUGGGACCGAGUUUACAGGAAGAAGAUCCCUCGCAGGAGCAUGGAGAUGCUUAUCCCAGGCACGAGCAGCAGCCUCCAGCUGCCUCCAACCCCGACUCGGCUUCAGGAGCGUUAGCAUCCUACACCUACAGCCCAACCAAAGGGUCCGCUGCGGCUCCCAAAUUCAAGCUUCCGUAUCAGGUCACCCCGUCCAGGGAGAGUGGACCCAGCCAGGCAGAGAGGAGGUUGGAAGCGUUGACGCUGGAGCUGGAGAAGGAGUUGGAGAUGCACAUGAAGAAGGAAUAUUUUGGUAUUUGUAUAAAGUGUGGAAAGGGCGUCUAUGGAGCAAGCCAGGCUUGCCAAGCAAUGGGUAACCUCUACCACACCAACUGCUUCACAUGCUGCUCUUGCGGGAGAAGACUGCGAGGAAAAGCCUUCUACAAUGUCAAUGGUAAAGUGUACUGUGAAGAAGACUUCCUAUAUUCGGGCUUUCAACAAACAGCGGACAAGUGCUUUGUUUGUGGACACCUCAUAAUGGAAAUGAUCUUACAGGCUCUUGGAAAGUCAUACCAUCCUGGCUGCUUCCGCUGCGUGGUUUGUAAUGAAUGUUUGGACGGAGUCCCCUUCACUGUAGACGUGGAGAACAAUAUUUACUGUGUCAAAGACUAUCACACUGUUUUUGCACCAAAAUGCGCUUCCUGUAACCAGCCAAUUCUACCAGCACAGGGCUCUGAGGAGACCAUUCGAGUGGUGUCAAUGGACAGAGAUUACCACGUGGAAUGUUAUCACUGCGAGGACUGCGGUCUCCAGCUCAACGAUGAAGAAGGCCAUCGUUGCUAUCCUUUAGAGGGACAUCUACUCUGUCAUGGCUGUCAUAUUAGGCGCCUCAAUAUCAAAGUGCCACCACAUCCACCUCCAAGCUAUCCAAUGCAUGUUACAGAACUCUGAAAGACACUUUCUGUAGCAAUGAAUCAUUAGAAAGAAGAUGGAAGAACUAAAAAUGACUUUCUAGUUUUUAAAGAUGAAAUUCCUCUAAUAACCAUCUAAACCAGCUAAGUUAUUUAUUUUUUUUUAAAUCUUAUAUCAGAGGAUCUCUAUGAUCAUGUCCACGUUUCCAUUUACCUUCAGCAUUUUCACUGAGAUACCACUUACUUGAAAAAAAAAAAGUAUGCACCGCUGAACUAACUGUAAGCAGCAACAUUUCCCAGUACAGUGGUACGAAAGGCUCUGUUCUACACUCCUUGUUUGCUUCAUUCCAGUGUGAGUUUUGCCUGAGUAAGAAGUGUAGAAUUAAUCCCCCAAAGUUAGCAACAUACAUAUCACAACAAGUGUGAUAAGAUAAAUACUAGCAUUUUAGCUAGUCCCAUUGCAUCCUGGUCUUACAGAAAAAACAUUCACAUUUCUAGAAUACUUAGAUUCCCAGCAGUAGUUAAUAGGAAUCAAAGUAAAUAUAUAUUUUAGUAACAAAAAUCUUCAAACUUGGGUCAAUUGGUGGUAUUCAUGAAAGUCUAUUCUAUGAAAGGCUUCAGGCCAGUGUCUUUUCCAACCUAUUUGCUAUCAUAGUGAUCCAACAGAAUAUUUAGCCUGCUGCAGAAACAUGACGGGUGUCUUCUAUAGGAAGCACAUUAUAGAAGAAUGUGUCCAUUGAAAAGUUAAGAUUAUUUCAUAAAGGGUUAUUGCAUAUGAAGAAAAUUCUGGCUCUCCAUAAUAACUUGCCACUUACAUGCUUAGUUUUUUUUAGCUUGUAGUGGCACGAGACUAGCCACAGCUUUAAAAGCAUUUGUCAUAUUCUUCUGGUGAUUUGGCACUUACUAAGCAGUCCAUCUUUUAAACCUGUUUUGGUUACUAGGUUUAGCAGCCCUUUUGGCUAUACAAGGAGACACUUCUGUUUCUCAAUCCUACUUGUUUUAUACAAGACUUCAUUUGUUAUAAACUGCUUUGCAAUUUUUUGUCAUUACAUUUUUUUAAAUGGGCAGCAGUUUUGUCAUCUUUUCAGUUUGUGUUCUUUUCCAGAUGUAAUUUUGAAUGAUUACAGCGAUCAUCUUCAUUUGAAAAUCAAGCAUGAUUUAGCAGAAAUAAUAGAGUUUCAGACAAUUGAAACAGAAAUUGGUAUUUUAUAACAAGUAUUAGAGUACAUAGAGUACACUUUCAUCUUUUGCAUAAGCUUUUACAAUAACCUCAGAAGUCUGGGGUAAUAUACAUCUUCCAUAUAGGAAGUUAGAUGAAUCUUUUUUUAAUGUUUGUUUUCUACUGUGCGUUGAUGAUUUACAUGCAAUCACACAUCUCUGUUUAAAUAACAAUUCCAUGUAUUCUCAUGAGAAUUGAUCUACGCUUUCCUGAAAUUAUUUUAUAGUUUGAAAUAUGGCCAUCACUCCCUUUCUUAGAUGUAUUUAAAUGACAAAAUUCUUUUACUGUGGAUUAGGUGGAAAUAUCAGGCAAGCUUCUCAACACCUGUAAGAAAGAACUGUAGCUAUGCAAGUUUAAAUCACCUAAGAAUCUGGCCCAUCAGUUUUAGGAUUGUCACAUGUUAAGUUUCAUCAAACUAAUUAAGGAAAUAGCUAUUUGGCGACUCCAUUGAUGCAAUAAGGCAAUUCAGGAUAUGGUUGGAAAGCACAAGGAGCAACCAAUGGGCUCUGAUUCCUGAAUGGAAUAAUUAACACAUGAGAUUCCCACUCCCUUUAUACAGCUUUUUGAUAUUCCAAAAUAUCUUUAUGGUAAAAAAAAUACAUUCAUUGAUGAUGGAAAGAGAUAAAUGCAACAGUUCAGAAACUGCUGCUGAAUUGUCUGGUGGGCAAAGAUUAAUCUGCCCUACUGGAUGCUCCUCAGUAAGUCCAAAACGCCUUUAACCAGUCAUUUUAUAAUUAGUAGCUGGCUUAGUUAAUGUGAAAGCCAUGUUUUGGAGCACUGCUAAUGCUACAAAUAACCUUUUCCUACAGUGGUUGAUCCAAUGGUUCUGAUUUUCAGGAAAAUGAGAAUAGAGGCCCAGGAUUGCACGCACAAAGAUGACCUGCAAAUACAUGCUUGGGCCUCUCAUUCCUGAAACCUAAGCUGUAAAAGGUAAAAAUUAACCUUUGCACAAAUCUGACUUCAUUGAAGUAACUCGAGGAAUUUCCCUAGUAUUGAAAGUAUCAAAUUGAGGGUGUCAAAGCUUCAAGGUAAAUAUUUUGUAUUAGUCACAGCAUAAUACUUUUCCAUUUCACAGAACAGCUUUGGGCUUCAAGGCGUUGUAUUAUCAUGCGUUAUUGUUAAAAAUAUAUGUAUAAACCCCCCACAUUAAGAGAAAAAAUAUUAAAACAUACAGACUAUUUGGGUCUGUUCACAUGAGCAGACCAAUCCAGAACAGUGCUUUCUACUGAAAGGUGCAUUUGCUUCAGGUGACUGGGAGCUAGAACUUCAUAGAACCAUAGAAAACAGAGAUGAGACCCCAAACUAGGUCAUUUAGACCAUCCCUCUGCCAGUUUAUUAACGAGUGCUAAGUCAAUUUAAGUUUGUAAAUUUUCACUCCUGCAUUGCUUUUCAGUGGACAGAACUAUCUAACAUGUACAUACAAUUCUUCUUCGAAAACUAUCAUCCUUUAGAACAGAAUAAUACUGAAUUUCACAUUUUUAUUUUUCAGUUCUUUCUAAUAGUUCUACUUGGUUCCAAUAUGUGUUAAGUAUCUUCAUGGUAAAAUGUUGAAAAAUUAUGUUUCAAUAUAGAAAGAGCAGUUUGUUUAAAACCAGAAAGCAGCAGUUGUUGUUCCAGUAUUUUCUAUAGACGGGCAUUCUAUUAAAACACCAAAAUUACAGCUGGCUUUUAGAGAGAUGAGGUGAGGGAGGUAAUAUUGUUUAUUGGACCAACUUUUGGUGGUGAAAGAGACAAGCUUUCAAGCUACACAAAGCUCUUCAGGUCAUCUGGCUUUUACACCAUUAAUAUAAGAGCUGGAGCAUAGUUGGUAUAAUUCACCUAUUAUUAUUAUUAUUAAUAAAAAAUAAGGAGAAAGCUAUAAGCAAAUCUCAAGUGACAUGCUGUACAAUUUAGUAUUAAUGACCGUUCCUGUGCAUUUUAACUCCUGUCUGGGGAAUUGUACAAAUGAAAGCGUCUAAUGCUUUGCUUAAGGAGUAUUCUUAUGUCAGUCAGUUCAACACAGAUGUAAACUUUCCAGUAUUCAUUUUAUAACAUGAUUAUUUAUUGGAAACCUUCUUGGUGUACUGUACUUUCAGAAUAUUUCUAUAAAGUUUCAGCAUUUUACAACUUGUUCUUGUUUGCGUCAUGAGAAGUCAGGAAUACACCUUUUCAUGUUUCAUUUUUGUGGAAGAUUUCUACAGUGUCCUAAAAGGAUGUGGCCAUUUUAGGAGAUUCACAGCAUCCCUAGUGCACUGGAAGACAAGUUCCAAAGAAAUGACCAAAAUGAUGAUAAUUGGGGGCCGGGGGGGCGGAGAAAUCUCAGAUAUUUGAACUUUCAAAAAGGGGUUUUUGUAUAUUUUGCAAAGUGGGGCUUCAAAAGUAAAGUAUGGAUGGAGGAGUUCUCUAAGACAAGAAAUUCCAGAACAAUUAAGUAAACCAAAGCUCUAAAAGGAGGCACACAAAAGCUGCUUUCUUGUGUUUCAAGAAAAGUUUUGAAAAGUUUGUGAUUCAUCAUGCAACUAAUGCCAUAACUAGAAUAUAUAAUUUGACUUAAAUUAAGUUUUCCUUUGAGAAAUAUUUUCAUUUUCUUUAAAAGAAUAUAGUUUCUUCCAAGAACUUGGACCAACGUUGAUUUUUAUUUUGUAGGAAAUAUAUAAAUGCCCUGUUUGUAUAUCAUGUAACUAGUUUACAUGCUGCAAAUAUACAUUAGUUUAACUAUUUUUGUAUAUAUCCUUGUAAAACUUCUAAAUGUGCUUCUUUGUCUUUUAGUCCCUAGAAUGACUUGUGGUUUUAUGUUUCAGUGUUUGAUUCCCUUGAUUGUUGAAGAGAAAAGAUUGGGAAAUGUAGAUUUAUUUAUCUAAAGAAGCAGCUACUUGCUAUCAUCCUAAGUUAUUUAAUAUUAAAAGUCAGAAGUUUCAUUUAACCUUAGAUGUUAUAAUCUGCUUUUUUCAAUAAAGACAUUUUGUAGUUA